CGACGGCGACAGGCCACGUACGCCUCCGCCGCCGCGCCCUCGCACCAGCUGGGCGUCACCGCGCCGGCGCCGGUGGUGAGGUACGUGGCAUCCGCGGGGGCGCAGCCGGCGCAGGCCGCGCCCGUGGCCUACGGGGCGCCGGUGGUGACCUACGGGGCCCCGGCAGCUGCCACCGCCUCGCCGUACCCAGCGGCGCCGUACUCGGCCUACCAGGCGCCGUCCUACACGCCAGCUUCCGCGUACACGCCGUCCGCGCCCUACGCUGCGGCCGCGCCCUACGCGGCGGCCGCGCCCUAUGUGCCCGGCGCCGCCUCCUACGCGCCGCCGGCCGCCGCCGCCUACGCGCAGGCGGCGGCGCCAGCCGCGGUGUCCUACGUGCCCCCCGCCGCUGCCUGUCCGUGCGGCGGCGCCGCGGCGGGAUCCUACGUGCCGCUGCCGGCCACGUAUGGCGUGCCGCAG